AGUGUUUUCCAACACUGAAAUAUCGUUACUGCCUUGCGGGGGCGUUAAAGAUAAAAAAAAAAAUACAAUGCAACUGCAGUUAAAUGUUAAUUAGUCAAAGUCAAACAAAUUAGCACAUAGUCCGAAUGCGGGGUCAGACAAGCACAGCAAGAGGAUCAUGCCACAGUGUCGCCUUAGUUGUAGACAACCAUCAAGAGACACAGAGACAACCAACCGCAGUCAGAACGCCAGCGAGAAGAUUGAGAGGAGCACAGUAUCAGAAUCGUAAAUUAUCGAUAUCAAGUGAUUAGUAAUGGCCAUGCGGGGGUGUUAGGAGGUGCAGCAGGAGCAACUGGAGCAAUGGACACCCACUCGACACAGUCGCCAUCGAUGUCUGUGCGUUGGCUGCGCCGCUAUCGCGCCUUUUUUCUGAUCCUUCUCUGCAUCAUUGGGAUUCAACUAUUCCUGGCCUACAAAUCAUUGGAUAUUGUUGGCAGUAACAAUGGCUCUGGCCUCGAAGCCGAAGCGGAAAGUAGUGAUGCAGCAACAGCUAGUCCAGCCCGUCCACGUCCGGUUGCUGGGACGCCGCAGCCACGGCUGACGGCCAAGCAACUGGGCUUUGAGCCCCAAUGUGAUAUACAAGCCAAGGAAGCAAUAUCGGCGCUUCAACGCGCCAAAACGAAAGACUGUCGUCAACAUAUCGCCCAAAUAGCGUGCUCCAUACAAGCGGGACGCUUCUAUGCCACACAAUUAACCAGCAGUUGCCCGGCGGGAAAUCACACGGCCAACGUAUCUCUCGGCUGCUAUCGUGAUGAGAAGGAUCAUCGGCUCUUGGGUGGCUAUUUUAGCAGCUUUAAAUCUUCCAAUUCACCCAGCCGAUGUGUCGAACUCUGUCUUCAGUCGGGCUAUCCCUAUGCAGGAGUUCAGUAUGGCCGGGAAUGCUUUUGCGGCUUUGAUACGCCGCCAAGUGCCAGUAAGCUGCCCGAUUCCAGUUGCAAUAUCAAGUGUUUGGGCAAUGCCAAAGAGAUUUGUGGUGGCUUUUAUGCCAUGAAUGUCUAUGAAACAGGCAUAGCCAAAUUCACUGCACAAUUGGCCGCCACCAGUUCACCCACGGGCGAAUCACGUGUUCGAAUUGCAUUUCUGCUGACGCUGAAUGGGCGAGCAUUGCGACAAGUUCAUCGACUUCUCAAAGCGUUAUACGCUCCCGAGCAUGUCUACUAUAUACAUGUGGACGAGCGUCAGGAUUAUCUCUAUCGCAAGCUAUUGGAACUGGAAACGAAAUUUUCGAAUAUACGUUUGGCUCGGAAACGCUUCUCCACCAUCUGGGGUGGCGCCUCGUUACUGACCAUGUUGCUGCAAUGCAUGCAGGAUCUGCUGAAAUCCAACUGGCAAUGGGAUUUCGUUAUUAAUUUGAGUGAAAGUGAUUUCCCGGUAAAGACCCUCGAUAAGCUGGUUGAUUUCCUCAGUGCCAAUCGAGGCAGGAAUUUUGUUAAAGGCCAUGGCCGGGAGACACAGAAGUUCAUACAGAAGCAGGGAUUGGAUAAGACGUUUGUUGAAUGCGACACACACAUGUGGAGGAUUGGAGAUCGUAAAUUGCCCGCUGGCAUACAAGUGGACGGCGGUAGUGAUUGGGUGGCCUUGUCCAAGUCAUUCGUUGACUAUGUAACCCAUCCUCGGAAGGAUGACGAGCUAUUGCAGGCCUUGUUAAAGCUAUUCCGGCAUACCCUACUGCCGGCCGAAUCCUUUUUCCACACCGUUCUGAGGAAUACCGAGCACUGUCACACCUAUGUGGACAACAAUUUGCAUGUGACCAAUUGGAAACGGAAACAGGGAUGCAAAUGCCAGUAUAAACAUGUUGUAGAUUGGUGUGGCUGCAGUCCCAAUGAUUUCAAGCCCGAGGAUUGGGCCAGGUUGCAGGCCACGGAACAGAAAUCUCUAUUCUUUGCUCGCAAGUUCGAGCCCAUCAUUAACCAGGCGGUGCUGUUGCAGCUGGAGGAAUGGCUUUACGGUCCAUAUACUCAGGAAUAUGUAAAUUUGCAUGGCUACUGGCAGUCGCUUUACGAUCAUGAAGAUCAACACGGUGGUCACGACGAUCUGGCUAGAAGCGUAGGUGACAGUCUUAUGCGCCUUGCAGCCAAACAAUUGAAAGUGGCGCCUUUAGAGCUUCUGGAACUUACGCACUACCUACAUAGAGAUCAGUACAAGGGAUUCCUAGUGCGCUUCAGAGCCCGACGAGACGAUCCGAACGCGAAAGAUUUGUAUUUGGAAACACGCAUACGCCCGGUCCAACAGGGCAAAUUGGCUCGCAAUGCUCGUUUUAGCAAGAGAUUACGCAACUUUGAGGUCUCCACGGACUUCGAUCAAAAGGAGCAAAUCGCACGAAACUUUGCCAAACUGAUGGGUCCCAAUUCGGAUCUGGUGCUUAGCUAUACGUAUCAAGGAUCUAGUGAUAGCAAUUCUGCCUCACACUCGUACAAUCUCACAUUGCUUUGGCUGGACCCAUUGGGUCGAUUGCAGGAUUUCAAUGAACUGCAUGUAGAGGACUCGACAACCGAUGUCAUUAAUCACUCAAAAACCUUGCUCAAACAGCCCCUCACUCCGGGCAUCUGGACGGCCAAACUGAUAGGACGUAACUCUAUCUAUGCUCAACUGAAAUUUCUCAUAGCUCCUCUUGCCUAUGGCAAUGGUCAGCCAUUGCAGAGUGUCGACAAUGCUCAAAAGCGAAAUGGCGGACUAGGUUUAUCCCUGCCCGAGGAUUUUGAAUUGCCAGUUGAAUGGCAGCAGCAUUUGCACAACGAGAACGAGCAGUUCUCGCUGCGCCAGGAGGCCGAGUCCCAUGGCAAGCUUCUUGGUGUCGAUCUGCACAAUUGGAUUGACGGAUUGGUGGGUAAAUUCUUUCAACUCAGAGAAAGUUGCCUUGAGGAAGCCCAAACGGACCUCCCGCUGCCCCUGUGCAGUGAAACGCUUUGGAGUUCCCGUGCUCCUGAUCCGAAAAGCGAUGUGGAAGCAUUACUUAAAUGAGGCAGUUAAUAGCACAAAGUCAUUUAGAAAUGAAAACCCGAUUCUUGUAGGAUAAGUUUUGCAUUCAAUUUACAUAAUUGACUCUACUUUUGCCCCCCUCCCUCAAUGCCUAGUUAAAUUCUCUUGUUCGCCCCGGUGUUUAUAUAGACGAACGAUUAACACUCGAUGACAAUGCUUUAAUAUCCAUGUCUUAAUAUGGACAGCACGUAAUUAAAAACGUAUUUUUGAGAUUCACUUGUACCCCAUGGGUAUCAAUUAGACAGAGAUGGAGAGAUAUUCAAUUGUAUUGUAUUUAAUAAUAGAUAAGCUUUUAAUAGAUUUAAUAUCCUAUAGGAAUCGGUUCCAUAUUGGUACAAGAGUAGUAGGUAAACAUUUUGUUAAUCCGCUUUGUUAUAAAUUUUGUGUUCACACAUAUGUAUGUUUUUUUUUUUUGAUUCUGUAAAUACGAUAGUUGUCGUUGUCGUCCAACUUUUUCAAGAUUUUGUUUCGGUUUAUAGUAAUUAUUGGAUCGUGUCGUUUAUCAUUUUGCAAUAGUUGUAAUAUUUGUGAUAUUUGUAAACGUAAACUAGACGCCAUUUUGACUUGGACUUGGUUCCAUCUUUACAUAGAUACAUAUAUAAAUACUCAUAUGUAUGUAUCUUAUUUGUAAUUGUUUGAUUUUUCGUUAGAGUUUAUAUAUAUUUGUUUUUUUUUUUAAUAUACACAUUGUUAGAGUUUAAUUUGGACGAUUAAUCGAUUUUGCCACCGCAUUGUAAAUAUUUGCCACUCAAAAAUGAAUUUUCUUUCUCCAUUUAAAUGAAAAUUUAAACAUUGUAAACCAAAUGAAGAUAUAUAUAUACAAAUGCAUAUACACUAUAUCUCGGGAUUUAUGUAUAUGUGCAUAAGAGGGUUAUGCCAGCAAUCGAUUUAAUUGUAGUUAGACGAUUAAAAUGAAUUAAUAUGUAAAAAUAGUGUAGUUUAAAAGUUAAACCAAAUUUAUAGUUAUUAAAUCAAUGAAAAGCAAAACUAUUCUAUUAAAAAUGCAACAAAAUCCAAUCUUUGCCCCGGAUAUAGAUAUAAUCCGAACUCAAAAUCCACAUAUAUAUAUAUAUAAGUGGUUCUUGUAAAUUCGAUUUGAAAUUAACAUAUUUCUAGCAUUUAUUUAAAUUAAAAAUUACACAAAAAAAAAAUCAAAAGUAAGGUAUCAUAUCAGCUGAUUUAAUUAAGUAAUCAUCAUUGUUUAGCCAUAUAAUUAUAAUAAUUUAGGCAGUGUGCAUCAUAUCAAUUCAACCGAUAUUCCCCAUUCUCGAUAAAUUUCUCUUAAAUAUGUUUCUUGUACUCUCUUUUUCUCCCCCAAUGAAUGGAAUAAUAAAAAUCAAUGAAUUCAAAA